AUGGAACCGAUUCCAAACCAAACGUUAUUCUCCGAUAUGAAUACGAAUAAAUUUGAACACAACUCAUUCUUGUUUUCUUGUAAAGCCAAAUCAAGUAAAUCCAAGAACAAUAAAGAAGAUGACGAGGAUGAGGAAGACGAUGACGAGGAGGAGGAAGAGAAAAAGGAGAAAAAAGGUGAGGACAAAGAAAAUGAACGCGUCAUUUAUUACUGCUUCCAUGCAUUCAUGUUGCGAGAAACUUUUGUUCACAAACGUUUCCACAUAAUCUAA